AUGCUUCACACAUCAUGCAGAUGUGCGACGAGAUCAGCCCGUAUUUCUGCCCUGAACCCCCGCGCCUCUGGCGGCCUUCGCAGCCUCGCCACAGCUCACGAGGCAUUUGCGCCGGUUGAUGUCGCAAAGUUUAAAUAUGAAGCUUUCGACAUUAAAGAGCCGCUCGUCAUACGCCCCAACAGGCCACCCCCAACACAGUUAGAAAAUGCACUCGCUGCAGCCGCCAAUGUCCACCACCAGACGCCGCCUGUCAAUCUGCCCGCCCUCACUAAGUGGUUCACACAGGCGUCUCCGUCAGAGAACGGGACGCCUCUCUUGACGCCAUUAUGGAACAAAUAUCACAGUCUUGUUCUGCCAUUUGAGCUCGUUCUGCCGCCGGCCGCAGAAUGGGCCACGGGUUCUGGCAGCUCCCGUCUCUCGGCCUUCUUGAGCUGGCUGUCGGAGUCUAGCGGGCCGUUGCACAAAGAUAUGGCGGCGGCUUUACGGGAGCUGGUCUCGUCCCUUCCCCAGGCUCCGUACUCGGACGCAGACACCCGGUUUCUGCGAUUCGACGCCCCAUUGGCGCUCCUUGACGCGGGCUUGCAAUACAACAAGGCGUCCGCCAGCCCAGACCAGUACAUUGACCAGCUGUACAUUGCGCAGGCUCCUCUAAACACGCUGCCCCCAGAUCUGCAGGCUGACGUCCCCACCCCGGACCUCGUCAGAGAGGCCGGUAACGGCGACAUCUACGACUCCAGCAUCUGGAUCGGCCUGGAGCCGACGUACACGCCGUGGCACAAGGACCCGAACCCCAAUCUGUUCUGCCAGAUGUGCAGCUCCAAGCUGGUCCGGAUGCUCCCGCCGCAGCGCGGCGCCCAGGUCUACGACAGUGUCCGGGCCGGGCUGGGCUAUACACGCACCCUCGGCUUCCGCGGCGACGAGAUGAUGCAGGGCCCGGAACGGCGCGCUCUUCUCGAGUCGGUGUGGGGCGACGAGGUCCCGUCCGACAUGCUCGAGGUGCUCGUGAACCCUCAAGACGUGCUGUUCAUCCCCAAGAGGUGGUGGCACAGCGUGAAAAGCGUGGGCAGCAGCGGCCAGCUCAACGGGUCUGUUAAUUGGUGGUUCCGGUGA